GAUAAACUGUUACUUUUAUGAUAACAAUAACAAACAUGAACCACAAGUUAACCAAGAGUUGCUACUUAAUAUUAUAAAUCACCUUCGUCAAAACUUUAAUUUGGACGAGUCGAAAUCAUCAAUUUUUAGUGGACAGACAUUAGAAGAAUUUAUUGCUGAAAAGUUUCCUGGAUUCAUGUUCGAAAAUGGUACACUUCAAGCUGUAACCGAAGACGAUAUAUUCAUAGCAGCUUCUCUUUUGCUUUUCUUCGUUUGCGUAAACUCGAAAGAUGUAAACAUAAAAAGCGCCAUGUGCAGCAAACUUAGUGCGAGCGACCAAGAAGUUAUAUUAAAAUUUAGCAAAACUUUAAUGGAUUGUUCGAAGAUUUCACCUCUCGAAGUAGUUGCUGCUAUAACAGACGCCUGUGGUCCCGAUAUGUCGACUGGCGAGGGGUGCGGGCGCUCCCUGGUGGCGGAGACUCCGCCAGCGCUACGCUCGCUACACGGCGAGGUGCGCCGCCUGCAGGCAGCACUCGAUGCGGAGCGUUUCGACAGGAAUUACUUGCAAGAUGAGCUCUCCAGGACCAAUUUAAAGUUGGAGAAGUUAGUAAAAGACAAAGAACAAUACAAGAUAGAUAUAGUGAAUCUGAAGGCAAAGAUUUCGCUGUGUUGCGGUCAGGAGGCCGAGGCGCGCGGCGGGGAGACAGACAACAGUGAGAUUAGUAAGCUGACCAAACAACUGCAACAGAUGGAACAGCGCCUUGUGGAUGUGCAGGAAGAACUGGAUGAGGUCAAACAUGAGAGAGACACAUUGAAAACAAAGUUGGACAACUUGAAGUGUGAAUGCGAUAGAUUGAUAGUAUUAAAUCAACAAGAGAGCUCUCAAGCCACUCAGCUGGCCGAGGAGUUGGAGAACGAGAGGCGACUAAGUCAGAGCCUCCGAGAACUGGUGACUGAGCUUCGGCAGCACAACCAACGCAACGGAUUUGACGCCAGUAUGCUGGAGUGUGAUGAUCCUGACACAAGUGUACAGUCUUUACAACGGAGUUUCUCCGUCUGUAACGAAGUCUGUGCUAAUGUAGUGGAAGUCCAGUUAGGUGAAGAAAGAGCAAAAAUUGAAGCACUAAAACAACAAAUUCAAAUGUUACAGGAUGAAUGUAAUGAACAGCAACAAAAUGUUAAUACAUUCAAGAAGAUAAUUUCGGAUAAAGAAAAUGAAAUUUUCGGCCUUAAACAUCGUAUUAAUGAAGAAAUUGAAGAUAAAAAUAAUUUAAAAUGCUUUUUGGAUAACGAAAUUACAAAAUUAAACAAUGUUGUGAACGAAUUAGAACAAAAACUUAAGUCUCAAAGUGAGCAAUGCAAAAUGAUUAAUGAGAAACAUUCCCAUGAUGUUAAAACAUUACAGGAUGAGAAAAUGUCUCUUAUUCAAAGUUUGUCAGAUCAAGCUAAAAAGUCAGAUAAUCAAAUAAAGGAAUUAAAAGAUGCAUUAGACGCUGAAAAAACUUCUAGAAAUAAUAUGAGAGAUGAUUAUGAAAAUCGUGUUAUGAAAUUAAAAGAAAAAGUAUUAAAUAGAAAUAAUGAGUUGGUGGAGUUACAAAAUAAGAUUUUACAGAAAAGUGAAAUUAUUGAACAAUUAAGUUUGGAACUUCGCAAAGAGAAGGAAUUAAAUAAUGCUAAAAUUAACGAACUUACAAAUGAUUUUGCUGUUUUAAACGGACAAAAAAUCAAAAUAGAAAAAGAUCUACAGGAGAAAUGUUUAGAGAUUACAAAAUUAAUACAAGAAAUACAAAAACGUGAUGUUUCCAUUGACAAUUUGAACAAGGAUCUUGAUACUUUUAAAACAUCUGCAGCUAAUUUGAAAGAAGAAUGUCGAAUUUUAGAAGAAACGAAGCAGUCUUUACUUGAUGAUGUUCAAAAUAGACAAGUCAGUGCUGAAAAAAUGCGCAAAGAACUAGAUAAUUUGAGACAGUUGCAUAGUGAAGAGAAAGAUAAAAUUCAAUGCAAAGUUGACGAAAUGUGCGCCAUGGUCAAAUCACUUCAAACUCAAUUACAAAAUGAAAUCGACUUUAAAAUAGGAUUACAACAUGAGCUAGAAAAGACACAAGGUGUUAUUACAAAGUUAUCAAAUACAAACACAAAACUAAACACUGAAUUGGCAGAAACUGUCACAAAAAUGCAAGAUAAAGAAGAAAUUAUCAAAACGAAGGAUUUGUGUCUACAAGAAGAACGAGAGAAAUAUUUGAAUUUAAAACAAGACUUUGACGAGGUUAAGGUUGAUAUUGAAAAAGUUUCAAAAGAACUUUUACAAAAGAGUCAAAUAAUAGAAGAAUACGAAAAAUUGAAUAAAUCGUUGCAGGAAGAAAUCACAAAAAAUAGUGAAAAAAUUAAAACACUUUAUACAGAAUUGGCAAAUGUCAAUGAAGAAAAGAUAAGUUUGCAAACAUCAAUUGAAUCAUUAAAGAACGAGAAAGAUAAUAUUAUAAAAGAAAAGGAGUUACUUUUACAAGAAGAAACAAAAAAUCGAGCAGUACUUAAAAAAGAGUAUGAGAAUUUACAAAUUUUCGUCGAAUCAUUAAAGAGUGAAAAAGAUGAAAUUAUAAAUAAAAAAGAUUUACUUCUAAAUAAGGAAAAAGAAACACAUGAAGUACUUAAAAAGGAGUCUGAUAGUCUGCAAAAUUAUGUUGAAUCAUUAAAGAAUGAAAACGAUAAAAUUAUAAAAGAAAAAGAUUUACUUUUGCAUAAAGAAAAAGAAACACAGGAAGUACUCAAAAAGGAGUGUCAAAGUUUGCAAACUUUCAUUGAAUCAUUUAAGAUUGACAAAGAUAAAAUUAUAAAAGAAAAGGAUAUACUUUUACACAAAGAAAAGGAGACACAUGGCGUACUUAAAGACGAGUAUGAUAAUUUACAAAAAUUCGUGGAAUCAUUAAAGAAUGAAAAGGAUAAGAUUAUAAAUGAUAAGGAUUUACUUUUACACAAAGAAAAGGAAACUCAAGCAGUACUUAAAAAAGAGUAUGAGAAUUUGCAAACAUUCAUCGAAUCAUUAAAGAAUGAAAAAGAUAAAACUAUAAAAGAAAAAGAUUUACUAUUACACAAAGAAAAAGAAACACACGAAGAACUCAAAAUGGAGUGUCAAAGUUUGCAAACUUUCAUCGAAUCAUUAAAGAUUGAAAAAGAUAAAUUUAUGAAAGAUACGGAUUUACUUAUUCAUAAAGAAAAAGAGACAUAUCAUGUACUUAAAAAGGAAUAUAAUAAUUUGCAAAAAUUCGUGGAAUCAUUGAAGAAUGAAAAAGAUAAAAUUAUAAAAGAUAAAGAUUUACUUUUGCAUAAAGAAAAAGAAACACACGAAGUACUUAAAAAGGAGUAUGAUAGUCUAAAAAAUAAUUUGGAAAAACUAUCCAGUGAAUUAAUCUUAAAAGAUAAAUUAAUACAAGAUUUAAAUACGUCUUUUCAGAAUAAAAUUACAAAAGGUAAUGAAGCUAUUAAUUCACUCAAUAAAGAUUUGGCUAAAGUAAACGCAGAAAAGCAAAGCCUUCAAGACACGAUAAAAUCACUAACAGAUGAGAAAAAUGAAAUCAUCACAGAAAAGAAAGAAAUUUUGCAAAAAAUUGCUUUACUCAACCAAGAUUUGACUAAUGCUUAUACGAAAGAACAAAACCUCAUGGACUCCAUUAAGAUAAUGACACAAGAAAAAGAUGCAAUUAUCAAAGAAACUGAAUUACUUUUACAAAAAGAAAAAGAAAUAAAUACAGAACAUAAACAAGAUUAUAACAAACUUAAUGAAAAAAUUGAACAACUAACUAUUGACAGUCAGGAGAAAGACAAAAUAAUACAAAGAUGCGAAAAUGAACUACGCCAUCUUAAUAAAUGUUUACAAGAUGAAAUAAAUAAAAAUACUGAAAUAAUUGCCUCAAUUAAUGUUGACUUAAAAUCUGUUAACGCCGAGAAAGAAGACCUUCAUAAAACUAUAAUGUUAUUAAAUGAUGAAAAGAACAACUUGAUUACAAUUGUUAAUGAAAAAACUAAUAUUAUUUUGGAAUUAGAGUCGGAACGUGAAUCAUUGUCAAGAAAAAUGGAAGAGAAAGGCGCAACUAUUCACGAUUUGGAGCAAAAAUUACAGGAAAAAAUGUUACGUUUUAUGGAGAUUGAAAAUAAUUUCGGUAUAGAAAUAUCAAAACUUAUGACCAAAUUGAGUGAUGCUGAAAAAACAUUCAAAGAUAUUAAAGCUAAAUCUAAUAAAAUUAUAGAAAAUCAGGAAUUACAAAUACAAUCAUUGAACGGGGAUAUAUUUACUUUAAAAGGUAAACUUGAAAGUAGUCUAAAAGAAAUAGGUAAAUUGGAAAACAAUUUAAAAGAUAUAAAUAUGAAAUACGAUAAAGCAGAAAAAGAUUAUCAAAACAAGUGUCAAAGUCUAGAAGAUGCAAACAGUUUGUUGCAAAACGAAGUUGUAUUAAAAGAGACAUGUAUUAGUGAACUGAACAAGAAAUAUACUUUGUUAUCUUCCUUGGUUGCAGAGAGAGAAAAAGGUAAUAUAUUUAAAAUUUUCUUGUCACUGUAG